GGGGGGGUGGCUGGUGCCUGCAGGGAAGUGGGGGAGCAGGAGGGUCCCCAGUGCCUCGCUGACCCUGUCCCCCCUCCUCACCCCGCUGCAGGUCACCUUUGAUCUUCCUGCUUUGCCCCGGUCCUAGCCCGGGCUUCUGCUCCCAUCUCUGGAAGUAUGUCCGAGGGGGUGGAUCUGAUUGAUAUCUACGCCGACGAGGAGUUCAACCAGGACUCUGAGUUCAGUAAUGCUGAUCAGAUGGACCUGUACGACGACGUGCUAGCAGCCAGCUCGCAGCCCCCCGAAAGCCGCACCAGCAGCUCGGAGGCACCGCCAGAGAUCCGUCAGGAGCCGUCCCCCAAGCCCAACAGCAAAUCUCCCGCCAUCCUGUACACGUACAGUGGGCUGCGCAACAAGAGAGCUGCUGUCUACGUGGGCAGCUUCUCCUGGUGGACGACUGACCAGCAGCUGAUCCAAACCAUCCGCUCAGUUGGUGUCUAUGAUGUAGUGGAGCUGAAAUUUGCGGAGAACCGAGCCAAUGGCCAGUCAAAAGGGUACGCAGAGGUGGUGGUUGCCUCUGAGAAUUCGGUCCACAAACUCUUGGAGCUUUUGCCCGGUAAAAUCCUCAACGGGGAUAAGGUGGAGGUGAGGCUGGCAACGCGACAGAACCUGUCCCAGUUCGAGGCGCAGGCUCGCAAACGUGUGCCGCCGCGGGCCCACUCCCGAGACUCCGUGGACUCAGUGGACGGCCGUGCCACACCGACAGAGAACGCCUUGCCACCUGCCCGCGUGGAGAAACCCCCCUCUGUCCUGCCUUUUUUCAACCGCCCCCCCGCUGCCCUGCCCCUAAUGGGGUUACCCCCGCCGCCGAUG